UUCUGAUAAUAUUUACAAUCCACUGCAAUUUGCAAACUCGCCUUAUGGAAAGAGGUGUGAUUUAUUUAUUUUUCUUGGUUAAAUAGAUUUUUUUAUAUGUAAGUGAACACGAGAGUUAAUGGCUAUAAUGUGGUUGGGUGCGGUGAUGGGUGGGGGUUCUCUUUAAGUGAUCAAUCCAUCAUCUGGGGAUCAAAAUUUCUCCGAAGUGUCCCGGUCGUGCAUGUGUGUGUAUAUGUAUGCGUGUGUUUUGGUUACACAUCAUCCUCAUUUGUAAAGGGCGUGAUGUGAGCGAAUGCAAAGCAUCCAUUGGCUCAGAAAGCGACCAAUCAGUGUCAGCGGAGGGACUUCAGAGUAGAGCUGCAGGGUUUGGAUUUCAGAGUUGGGAGAGCGAUUUUGGCAGUGACACAAAGAGGACGGUCAUCUAUCCCCCCCUAAAACGCCAUCCCUGCUUUUUUACAUGCCUGUCCGCUUAUACCCUCUCCUGAGCAACAAUAAGACGCAUUAGAGGCUGCGGGAUGUACACGGCCGGGCUCAACCCGUUUUACGCGUCAAACUUCAGCCUCUGGUCCGCGUACUGCGCGGGGGGCUUCGCUGUGGAUACCAUGAAGAAACCCUCGUUUUGCAUCGCAGACAUUUUGCAGGCUGGCGGAGAUGCGGAGAACAUCCCGGGGUCGUCGGCCCUCAUGGUGCACAUGGGACACCACCACCAGCACCAGCAGCAGCACCACCGCGCGCAGCACGGCGGACACUCCGGCGGCUCGCCGCUGCGCCCUUCUCCCGUCGCGCCCGAGCCGUACGGCGCUAGACUGAGUCCGGCGUCCCCUUACCACAGACACGGACUAACAUCAGUGCCCAGAACUGCAUAUAACUCCCAACAAGCUCCUCCGCCUUCAAGCAAAGACCUCAAAUUCGGAAUUGAUCGGAUAUUGUCGACAGAUUUUGAUCCAAAGGGCAAAGAAAAGUCGUCAUUAAAAGAUCUCACAUCCAUCGUUAGCUCGAACCGUCAGUCAGGGAUCCACAUCCCCAUUCAGCCUGCGGCCAGCCAGUACUUCUCCUGCAUAGACCCCGGGAUGAGCGACGCGUCCUCCAUGAUGAGUGCACUAGGCAGCAGCAGCAGCAGCAGCAGGCAUUCAGGCCAGCAUCAGUUUCAGGACACCUUCCCAGGUCCCUAUGCCGUCCUCACUAAAGACACCAUGCCACAGACGUACAAGAGGAAAAGGUCGUGGUCGAGGGCCGUGUUCUCAAACCUGCAGAGGAAAGGACUGGAGAAGAGAUUUGAGAUACAGAAAUAUGUCACCAAGCCGGACAGAAAACAGCUGGCGGCCAUGCUCGGGCUCACGGAUGCUCAGGUGAAGGUGUGGUUUCAGAACAGACGCAUGAAGUGGAGACACUCCAAAGAGGCGCAGGCCCAGAAGGACAAGGAGAAGGAGCAGCCGGAUAAGAGCGCGUCCGAGGCGGGCAGCAGGGAGCCCGGGGAGCCGGCGGAGGAGGAGUCCGAGUGCGAGAGCGAGGGACGGAGCGAGUGCGAGUCCGACGAGGCUCCGGAGGAAAACUCAGACGGACAUGUGGACAUUUCUGAGCCAACAAACAAAACCAGCGUGAUCAUGAGCGGCAGCGGGCCGGCGAGCAGCGCGGAGCCGGCGGCCGCAGCCACAGACACGGAGGCCUCUCACAUACUCAUAUGAAGGCUGUAGUUUAGUGACUUUUAUUAUUAUUUUGACAGAAGAACGACAGUGAUGUUGAAACGCACCUGGAGCGUCAAUUCAGUACGUAAAAUCAGGCCUGUAUCCGUCUAAUUCCUGGGAACAAGUGGAGCAACAAGACAUUAUUAUUUGUUAAAUAUGACUUUAUAUUUUUAACCCACUCACCAAGAAUAUAGUCCAAAUUCUUAUUCUUUUUCAGAUUUUUUUUUGUUCAAUUUCUUUCUGCUCUCUAAUAAUAAAAAAGGCUCUUAUAAAUAAUAAAUAAAUAAAUAAUCGGACUUCCGGCCACCUCCAGCGUCUCCUCACUGUCGUUUUCCUCUCAAGAGCUUUCGUGUGUAUCAUGUUUUCCUCAUGUGAAGGAAAUUAUGCGGUUGUGAAUUUAAUUUUUUAGGUUUUGAACCACUCGUUUCUCAGAACAUCACAGCAGUGUUCCUGUAUUAUUAUAAUAAUUAUUUUUUUUGUCUGGAUAUAUGGCUGUGCUAUUUUGUUAAUAAUAAUUUGCACUGAAAAUACUGUAAAUAAAAUGUUUCUUACUU